AUGAGUUACAACAACAUCGGCUUGUCGACUGCGCGCGGAAGUGGCACCAACGGCUUUAUCCAGCGCAAUACGUCGGCGCUGCAGAUCCGGCAGGGCCCGCCGGGUGGUUCGGCUGCUGGAUACAAGAACUACGAGGAGUAUCUGAACGAGAUCGCCAAACCGCCUGUCCACCGGACGCCGGACGCUGGUAUUCUCGAGCACGAGCGGAAGCGGCAAAUUGAGAUCAAAUGCCUCGAAUUGCGAGACAAGCUCGAAGACGACGAUGUGGACGACGACGAAAUCGAGGAGCAAGUCUCGGCCCUGCGCGCCAAGUUGCAGGCCGCCGGUGCACCGAUUUCCGGCAAGCGCGCGACGGACUCGCACUCUGUCGCUGCAGCCAAGGAGGCCGAAAUGGGCCGGUUGAAGCGCGCCCUAAACAUCCGCGCCGACUACGAGGAGGGCAAGGCGUUCCACCGCGAGACGGAGGAGGAGCGCGCCGAGCGUAUCGCCGAGAAGCGCGCGCGCGAGGAGGAGCGUAUCGAGGAGGCGCGGGAACGCGAGCGUGCAGAGGCCCGCCGCAAGAAGGAGUUCGAGAAGAAGGAGCGCCUCCGUCGCCGUGAGGAGUACUAUGCCCGCCGCGACGCCGAGAAGAAGCGUCGCCGCGAAGAAGACCGCGACCGUGACCGCUCUCGUUCUCCGGUUCGCCGUAAGCGCGACGACUCGGACGACGACCGCUCCCCGCGCCGCCGCGAGUCGUCGACACCACCACGCCGCGACGCUCUUAACGACUCACGCCCCCCCGCUUCUCGUCGCUCUGACUCGCGUGCCGAGUCGCGUUCUCCCACUCCCCGCCGCCAUGAGUCGCGUUCUCCAGCUCCUCGUCGCCGUUACUCCCCUGAAGACUCGCGCUCACCUCCCCGCCGCCGCGACGACUCCACCCCUCCCCGCCGUCCCCGUGACGACUCGCGGUCCCCAACACCGCGCCGCGGAGACUCGCGGUCCCCGUCACUGUCUCCCCGGCGACGCCGCGAUGACUCGGAUACGCCGCCCCGCCGGCGCCAGUAUUCGUCUGACUCGGACCGGGACUAG